AAAUAAAGAAAAAUGUUACCACUUAACCACCGAAAGUUUUCACAGACCCUAAUUUUGUACCGCCAAAUUUCAGAAUUUCUCAAAAUAACCAGUCUAAUAUUGAGUCUCCCUAUUUUUAAAAAAAUAAAAUCAAUGGAUCAACCUCCCCCCAAUUCAUUAUCUAAAAGUUGGUCGUGUGCUGUCGAUUCCAACAACAUUUCUAAUAAAAACAAUUUUCAUCAUCGUCCAUCGGCUUUGAGUGCUGUCAGUUCUCGACUUCCUUCCUUCGAUGGCUUUCAACUUUCCCCAAUUGAAGAUUUUAAUUUUGACCCAAAUGAUAGGCAAUAUUUAUUUUGUUGUGGAAAGGGCCAUUCUACUAUUGGAGUGAAAGUGAUAGCUGGGUAUGUUUUUUAG